AUGGCGGCGGCAGCCGCUGGUGGCCACCCCCUCGGCCUUGUGGAGGGGGAGUUCUUCGCCAUGCGGUGCAACGUUGCUGGGCCAGAGCUCUGGCAUGUGCGGCGCUGCGUCGGCACUCCGCUCACUUACCUCGCGGGCGUGGGCGUCAUGACCCCAGGCCACGAUGAGUGCGAGGAGGAGCUGCUGCGCGGCGGGGAUGUGCUCGACUGGGUCAGGCCCCCCGGCCCCGACUCGAUCGCGGCGCAGGCUGGUCCGCACGCCGCCGACCACCGUUUCCGCGUGCUGCCGACGGUCGCCGAGCUCACCCUGGCGCGCGUACAGUGCCACCGCCGAAUGGGGCUGGAGCCCCCGGGGGAGCUGCCGCUGCGGUUGUCCCGCCCGCCGCGGGGGGGGGUCCAGCGGCUGGCGCCCCUGGCGUUGCUGCUGCUGGCGCUGCGGGCCCCCCGCGGGCAGGCGGCCCCGCCGGCGGCGCUGCGCCAGCCGCUGCACCUCCGCCCGCCCUCUUGCCCGCGGCCGGCGCCCCUGGAGGGGGCGCCGCCGCGGACGGGGCUGUCCCCGCCCCUGGAGGGGGCCUCGCUCGUCUCGCUGCUGCCCUCGGCCCUGCGCCCGGGCCCGCUGCCCCUCCCGCUCAGGCCGCGGGGGCAGGAGGCCCUGUCGCGCCGGCCGCCGCAGCGGCGCUCGGAGCUCUUCCGCCUCUUCCUGCCGCGGCAGCUGCGCCCCCCCCGGCCGUCGGCGCUCAUGGCGACGCUCGGACGCGCCCAGUGCUGCACGAUGCUACGCACGGACCUUGUGCGAGGUAACCUUUGUAUCAUGCCCGCGCUCGCUGAGUGGAUCGCCAGUGAGCUUUCGAAGGGAUACUCUGUGAUGAAGGAGCGCCGGAAGGCGCGCGAGGAGCGCGUCCUGGCGCGCCCAAAGAAGGGCCCCAAGGGCAACAAAGAGCAGGAGCAGGGGUGA